CAGAAGUACAGGAUGCAAAGGAAACAUGUGAUGCAGAGAGAAGAAAAUCUAACAAGAUAUUCAAUGCAAACCAAUCACUCCCCACCAAUCAUGGCUUACCCUUCUUAUCCUUACUGUGGAAUAUCCAUGUCUACCGUCUAUCGAACAUGGACGCAGACCAAUGGCCAUCCAGCUAAUGUCAACAUGCGGGGUCCGCCUGAUUAUCGCCAUUGGCCGCAACCAGGAACUCAGCCAUGGAACUCUUAUGCUGGGAUGCAAGCUGAUGCAUGGGGUUGCCCUGUGAUGCUGCCUUCUCGUGCUCCAUAUUUUUCAUAUCCUCAGCAAAUUUCAGCAUCACACAACGUUUAUACAGCAAAUAAGGGCUAUGGCACGCCUCAAAUUUCAUUUGAUCUUCAACCAAAUGAGGAGUUGAUUGACGAGAUUGUAAAUGAGGCAAAGAGGAAACCAUGGUCACCUCUUCCAUUGGGGCUUAAACCUCCUUCUGCAGAGAUUCUUGUGGAAGAGCUUCCAAAGCAAGGAAUCUCCACUCUUACUCCCCAAAUCAACGCCUUCAAUCCUCCCUGAUCCCACUCUCUCCACCUUCUUACUAUAAAUAUGUUUGGGUUAAAUUAUAAAAUAAAUUUAUGUACUUUCGAUUUUUUAUUUGAGGUAUCAUUCAAAUUUUUUAUUUUUUAUUUUUUAAAAAAUGAAUCUAUCCAAACUUUUUAAACGACUCAUUGAAAAAUCUACAAAGAGCAAACAUGUGACAAAAAAGUUGAGUUUGGUGCGUUGAAAAGCUUGUGUGUUUUUUGUAUUAGACUAGUUUUGACGAGUAAGGUGAAGUGAUUUGUCACCCAGCGCUGUUGGCAAAGAUAUGGUUACCUGCCUGUGAUCUUUUCUUGGCCCCAUUUCCUCCCUUGUGGCCGGCUACUUUACCAAGUCGCCACGAUGGACCAAUAAAAUCAAGCCUUCAUGUA